ACUUCUGAAGGUGUUCCAGAGAGGAUCUUCAGAACGUUAAAGGACCUAAUAUACACUUACGAAAAGCCAAAUCAAGGACUAGUAACACACCUCCGCUACCCAGUACAGAAAACAAAGGCCUCCCAACGAAGCCAGAGGUUCAAGUCAGGAAGGGACAGCAUUUAUGCUGAAGUUGAUGACAGUGAUUAUGUCACUGUCUUACCGUGA